UCCUAUGUUAUACUCAGAAAUGUUGAAAAAUAAAUAUAUUUUAAGUUUUUUUAGAAAGGAGGAGCUAUAAGUAGAUAGUAAUUACUAGUAUCUUAUUUUAUCUCGUUUAUGAUUCAUUACGCUUUAUAAAUAUCUUUCUGUUUUAGUUGUUAGUAUUAGCUGAGGGGAGAGGGAUAAUUUGUUUUCCUUGAACAUAUUCUAUUUGAAAGCAGGGAGGAGGUGCACAGGAAAAUCCAAGAAACAGUUUGAGAAGUGUCUGUGUGACAGUUGGAAGAACCCAGUACCCUCACACAGACUAUGAUUUUUGCUCAGUUGGAUUAAUUGCAAGGAUGUUCCUUAGCUAAAGCCCCUUUGCCAACAAACACAGUUUGAUCAUAAGUCUCUGGUCUUGAUCCCAGGAAAGUCUGGGAAGAUGCAUGCAAUAAGAAUUAAAUAAAAUUGAGGGCGUGGAUUUAGAUUACAUCUUUUUUUUUUUUUUUUGAGACAGGGUCUCUGUCGCCCAGGCUGGAGUGCAGCUGGGCUCACUGCUGCAACCUCCACCUCCUGGGUUCGAGUGAUUCUCCUGCCUCAGCCUCCUGAGUAGCUGGGAUUACAGGUGGCUGCCACUACGCAUGGCUAAUUUUUGUAUUUUUAGUAGACACAGGGAUUCUCCAUGUUGGCCAGGCUGGUCUCGAUCUCCUGACCUCAGGUGAUCCACCACGCCCAGCCUAGAUUACAUUUUAAGCUUAGAAAUUAGGUAAGUUAUAGAAGGUAGUUCUGAGGGUUCUGUAUCUCUUAAUUGCUUAUACCUUUAAAUGGGAGCAGAGAGCACCUUUGAAAGAUUAAAAUAAGCAGGAAUGGCAGCCUGCCCUCCAAAACAACAAGUAGACUAGGAAUGUUAGAUAGAAUUUUAUAGCAUCAUUAGUUGUCCCUUAUGGUUAGGGACUGUUUUGGGCAAGUUAAAACUUUCAAUAAUUUUAACUAUUUUAAAUGUUAAUCUUUCUAAAUUGUAGGAUAUACUUCCUCAGUUAAUAUAUUAAUCAUAAUAUUUUUGCUGAUCAGUUGUACAGUAGUUAUAGUUUGUGGGAUAUAAAACUGAAAGGAUACUCAUCCUCAUACCCAGGAAAAUACAGUUAAGAAAGCCAUUUACCUGUUGCUAAUGUAAGGUUAGUAGUACAUAACCGUAUAAUCUGUAAGAUAAUAUGACAUUUCUGCCUUUCUGCAAAAUUACUGAAUCAAAGUUUGAAGUAGUGCGUUCUUUAAUGGAUUUUAUUUAUAAAAUCAUCUUUACUGUAAUCUGUGUUCCUUGACUUCUCAUCAACAUUGAAAACAUUUUCUCUUAAUUUUUUCUCAUUAACAUAAUGAACCAUAUUCAUUUCUUGGUCAGUUGUAAGCCAUUCUUUUAUUCCACUUGGAUUGUUCAUUUUAAGUGAAGGAGGCGGAGCCUUUAAUGUAUAAGCAGACAUUUUAAAAAUAAUAACAGGAUAUUUCUUAGUCUAGAGCUUGUAAAUUCUUUAAUAUAAGUAGUUUUAUAGGAUUAAACAGUAGUUUCUCUGAGUUUCAGUUAACUAUUUAACUUUAUCAGAGUUUCAGGCAUAUCCAGAACACUGAAAGCGCCUGCAUAGUGAAUCAAUGAAAAAAGAAAAGUUUUACUCAUUUUGCAUUUUGAACUCUGAAUAAUAUUUCUAUCUACACAGCAGCCCAGAAAACAAUAAAAGUAUCACUUCAUAUAACAUUGCAUCGUUCCUGGAUUCUCUGCAGUUGUUUAGUUCUCCUCAAAUAAGCAUAUGCUUCUGAGACAUUCUUUUACUUCAGGUAAAUAUAAGCAAAACAAAGAAAAAUCAUUUUGUCUAUUUCUGCAUCAGUUCUAUAAGGAGCAAGUAAAUUCUUUAUUUUCGUUUAGGUUUGAUGUUGUCAUAUAAGGAUAGAUGGUAGUGUUCUACGUGUUCAAGAUGGGUAGUAGGAAUUCAGUGGCCAUGAGGUGUCAUGGAUCAAGGUCAGGUUUAGUGAAUCAGGUACUCUUCAGUAACAGGUGGUUCAUACAAAGCAUUGAAGCUUAAAGUUGCCGUGAGCUCAGCAAGCAGAAGCGUUGAGAAGACAGGCAGAUGGUUUAAAACUAAAGGUCAGUAAGUGGGCAAGACUAGUUAAAUGAGGCAGAUACUCCCCGAAGAUGGAAUUCCAGAAAGGUGCUUGAAAAGGACUGAAUCCUUAAAGCCUACUGCUGUUAGUAUGUAGAGUUCUUGAGGAAACAAGCAGUUUGGCAUAACUUAAUCUACUAAGAAACUAUAAGAAGAUGAAGGAAGUUGGAACAUCUUACUGGAAAAAGAAUGAGGGAGUGAAUGAGGGUAAGUUUCUGACUGGAAUCUUGUGAAUUCAAAACUUGCAGAAAAGCUAUUCUGUUUCCUUUUUGUUUAGGUUCUCAUGCACUAGGAGCUGCUAGAAUAGAUAUUGGAAGGCAGGGCCAAGAUAGGUCAGUUAUUCAGUUUUGCAAGAUUAUUGAGGAUAUAGAGAAAUUAAUUUGUAAAAACUCUGAAAUCAUCUGCAGCUCCAUGUUUUUGUUUGAACUGAAUAACUUAGGACUUUGAGAAGUCAAAGCCAUCAGAAAGUAACAUGAAGUCCAUUCAACUGAAUAAAUGUCAUAUUUUGCUAUUAGCAUAGAAAAGAGUCUUUAAAACUUCUUUCCAAAAAGCACUCAGUAUUGACCCAUAUGUUCCAGUGUAGUUGUGAACCAUGUACAACUGAUGUUUGACUUACUUGACUCAACAUGAAAGGAAUUUAACCAGCUGCCCUUGCUGAAUUUUGUCUCCUGAAUAUGGUAAAUGGUUUUUGUUUUUAAUCUUCUUAAUACCUUAGAUUUCUGCAGACACCAGUUUUCUCUUUUAGAGUUAACUGAUAAUUAUUGGAUAGUAUCUAUAGUUACUUGGCUGUUCUGUUCUAUAUUCUGCCCUAGUAUUAGUUUAAACGGUAGACUUUUCUCUUAAAGUAACUUUAAUAGUUUAACUAAUAAAGUUACUUGAGGGUAUGUUUUAGAUCAGGGACUGGCACUAUGGCCUCCUGCUUUUGGUAAAUAAAGUUUUAUUGCAACACAUCCCUGCCGAUUCAUAUACAUAUUGUCUAUGGCUGCUUUGGCUUAUGACAGCAGAGUUGAAUGGUUGCAACAGAGUCAUAUGGCCCGCAAACCUAAAACAUUUACCAUUUGACUCUAACAAAAAGCUUGUUCACCACUGUUCUGGUUUAGUUAUUCUCAAAGUGCAGUCCUUGGACCAGCAAUUCAACAUCACCUCAGCAUCACAUCGUAUUGUUAGAAAUGUAAAUUCUUGGACCCACCUACUGAGUCAGAAAUUCUGGGUAUGGGCCCCAGUAAUCCAUGUUUUUAGAAACCUUCCAGGUGAUUCUGAUACACAUUAAAAGUUUGAGAAACCCUCUUCUAGAUCAGUGUUUCCCAAAUGUUUGUCACACUUAUUGCCUUUAUUAUUCUUUAUUUUUAUUUAUUUUUUUUGAGACAGAGUCUCUGUCACCCAGGCGUGAAGUGCAGUGGCCUGAUCUUAGCUCACUGCAACCUCCGCCUCUCGGGUUCAGGCGAUUACCUUAGCUGCCCGAGUAGCUGAGAUUACAGACGUGCACUGUCACGCCCUGCUAAUUUUUGUAUUUUUAGUAGAGAUGAGGUUUCACUGUGUUGGCCAGGCUGGUCUCAAACUCCUGACCUCAAGUGAUCUACCUGCCUUGGCCUCCCAAAGUGCUGGGAUUACAGGCGUGAGCCACCAUGCCUGGCCUUGCCUUUAUUAUUUUUUACUGUUUUCUGUUUAUUUAAUAUUUUCCUUUAUGUCAACUCACUUUCUAAAAAUUUUAAGUUAAUUUUAAAAUGAAAGUUUAUACCACCAUAAAAAUAAAUACAAUGAAAACAAAAUGGUGUAUUAUAUAACUAGACUCUUGUCACUUAGGGUUCCUGUGCUAAAAAUUAGAAGUUGUUAAAUUUAUUAAACAAGUACUGUUGCAAAAUGGGAACUUUUUUUCUUGACUUAAUCGUGAUUAAUAAUUUUCUUACUGAGUGGUAUUUAAAAUGUCGUGUUGGCAAAAUCAUGUAACACCUAAAGUCAUCUUUUGUGCAAAUCUCAUACUUUGGAAAUUACUGUUCCAGGGAGUAUUCAUGUGAAAGGAAAGCUGUUUGAACUAUGUAUAUACCCAAGCCAGUAAGCAGAAAUGACUGGACAGAAAUACAAGCCUGUGAGACAGAGAGCUCUAGGAGAUCCCUAGAGAGGUCCAUCUAGACCUCCAGGGUGAAAUUACCUCAUUUAGCUCAAUUUCUCACCUCUCCUUUAGUGCUUUGGUCCACGGGGGUUGAUGGUUCUGCAGGAUUUCACCAACUGGUUCCACAGUGGGAAUGUGAAAAGGUACCUGGCUGUGGGAACAGCUGCUUAUCAAAGAGAGGCCUGAUAGAAAUGCUAGGGGAAGUGGCUGUGAGUCUGCAUUAUGGACGGAAGCAGAGCGGCAGGGCAUGUUGCUAGGACUAAGCAGUCGAUUAACCUGAGUCUGGACACCAUGUAUAAAUAUUUUGAAAAAUUCCUGUUACAAUUUAAUUUACUUCGUUGUGUUAGAGGGAAUGCUUCCCUGCACAUGGUGUUUAUUGGUUGAUGUGCUUUAGGGUAUAGUAAUUAUUUAUAGCAAUAGAUUGAUACCCAGGUUGCUGAGUUGCGUUAGUUAUAUCUUUAUUUCCUUUUCUUAGAGAUUAUAGACAUAAUUUGCUUCUGUCAUCUUUUGACUAAAAAUCUAAUGGGAAUGAAGAAUUACACUUGAAUGUUUAUUUUUAAGUAAUAAGCUGUGAUACUGAUUGUAGGUGUCUGCAUUUAAAAAAAAUCUUUUAAAAAGUAAAAAGGUCAAAGAAGCAUCUAUAUGAUUGAAUAAAUGUUAUUUUGUAUAUUUCUGUCAAAUUUUAAAAAAUGGAUAAAGAGGCCAGGCACUGUGGCUCAUGCCUGUAAUCCCAGCACUUUGGGAGGCCAAGGCGGGUGGAUCACCUGAGGUCAGGAGUUCAAGACCGGCCUGGCCAACAUGGUGAAACCUGUCUCUACUAAAAAUAUAAAAAUUAGCCAGAUGUGGUGGUGGGUGCCUGUAAUCCCAGCCACCCGGGAGGCUGAGGUUGGAGAAUUGUUUGAACCCAGGAGACGGAGGUUGCAGUGACCCCACACGGUGCCAAUGCACUCCAGCCUGGGCGACAGAGUGAGACACCUUCUCAAAAAAAAAAAAGGAAAAAGUGGAUAAAGCAUUACAAAUACAAAUAAAGUCUUUCGUGGUCCCCUUCACAGUCUCAGUCCUUUCACCAGAGGCAACCCUUUUCGUAAAUUUGUUGCAUAUUCACUGUGAGGCAGUAUUUCUGCUGUGUUGUUUAGUUUUAAGGCUCACGUCUCCUUCAUGGUAAUCUGUUUUUCAUUUUAACUUCUUCCUUUAUCAUUGGAUUGUCUAUCACCUCUGUCCUUUGAUAUUCUCAUCUUUUUUUUUCUUUUUUAUUUCUUUUCUUUUAGAUUUGGGGAGGCUCUAGGUGGCUUCUGUAACUAUCACCAGCUGAUGAGAGCUUGGCUUUUUUAAUAGAUAAAUCAGCCAGUUACUUUUUCUUUGAUUAUUUUCAGCUAUUGCUUGGUAGCCAAAGAUAGCUUUCAUUACUUCUAAUUUUGUAUAUAGAAAGUUCUGGAUGAUAGAAGGCACCAACUAUCCAGAGUGCAAUUGUUACUAUAUCAGAAUUGCAGCUCUGCAAGUAAGUAUCAAAAUAUAAAAUCUAGCAGGCUGCAACUUUUUAUGCCAUGUAUCUUAAAAUAAAUUCUAUAUAACCCAUUUUAGGACUUAAUUUUAAAGUAACUAUUCAGGCUUUUCUGAUGUCUCUUGUAAAAUUUAAGAAGAGAAAUAGGCUGAUAGAUUUCCUAAAGCAGCUACCCCCCAAAACAUGAUGGCAUUGAUCCCUGCCAGCUGCCAAGACCCUUUGCUUGUAUUAAUAUAAUGAGAGAAGAUAGGUGCAGGGCAUGGAAUAGAGCCCUUGGAAUAGAGAUUCUUUAGUAUUCCUGUUCUCACAUUUUCAUCAUCACCAUUCUGGUUAGCUUCAAAAGAUCCUACAAGGUUUUUCUUCUGCUAACAAGGCUGUUCCCCAGUCUCAUUCUUAUAAUCUUGUGAUAUGGAUUUUCACAGACAAGUGGGCCAGAUUUUUAACAUUUUAAAAACAUUAUUAAUCUUUGAUCAUAUCCAGCAAGAAUGAACUUGUUCUGGAAAUUUCUUCUACAAUGGGAAUUACAUUUUUAAAAUGUUCGGCUUGUCAUGGGGAUUAUGGUGGAGGGUGAUACUGGUACCUGUUUCUCAUAAUAAACUAAUGGGACCAUAUGAACUAGAAGAUUAAGAAGGAUAGCUUUUCUGAGCUGUAUAGCACCCUUGUGUUUACAUUUUCUGGAGGAAAGAAAAGCUGCUUUGUUUUAUUAGAAAUGACUUCAUGUCACAUUUGGAAGGCAGACUGUCAUAAUUGUUUUUUCCCGUUGCCAUCUUUGGCAUAGUACUCUUUCUUCCCUUUCCUUAUGUAAUAAAUAUAUGCCUGGAAAGUUUUACAUGGAUCAAGACAUAUUAAAUGUUUUCAAAGCAUCUGUAUUAUUAUGUUAAGACAUGGUGAUGAGUCCUUUUGUAAAAUGAACCCUAUCCUCUGGACGGUUUAAAUAUACAGUGGGUUAAACUGAGUGUAUAUAUUAACAAGGGAACAUGUAGCAAGGGAGUAAUGUUUUUUUAAAAGGUUAAUUACAAAAGGAUUUGUAUAGGUGGAUUUUAAGCUGAAUUCUAAAGGAACAACAAAGGUAGGUGGGAGAAGUUGGUAGAGUGGGUGAGAAAGUUUGAGGAAGAUGUAAAAAUGAUCAGAUUGGCUCCUUGGUAUAAGAGUUACUGUGCAGCAGUAGUCAUCGCUUUUACUUUGAUUCCACAUGAAGACACAAGGGUUUUUUGUUUGUUUGUUUUGAGACAGAGUGUUGCUCUGUGAGCCAGGCUGGAGUGCAGUGGCGCUAUCUCAGCUCACUGCAACCCCUAACUCCCAAGUUCAAGCGAUUCUCCCACCCCAGCCUCCUGAGUAGCUGAUAUUACAGACAUGUGCCACUACACCCAGCUAAUUUUUAUAUUUUUAGUAGUAACGGGGUUUCACCAUGUUAGCCAGGCUGGCCUUGAACUCCUGACCUCAGGUGAUCUGCCUGCCUUGGCCACCUAAAGUGCUGGGAUUACAGACAUGAGCCACCGUGCCCAGUGACACAAGGUUUUACUUGUGCACUGCUUUGGAUCUCUUCCUGCCCUGGACUAGACUAGAAAUUGGCCAUGGAUGUUUAUACAGUUCCCACAUUAUUAUGUGAACUCAGCAGCUUAUGUUGGAAGAAAUGGAGGGAAGAAAUUGGAGGGAAAAAGAGGGAGGAACGUUUCUCUGCAUUUAGGGAUUCAAGGGGUCAGGAAAAUAAACUUUAAGCUUUUGGUUGUACACCUCUCUAGCUCUAGCUUUCCUUUCACUGAGAGGUUAUGGAUCUUGUUUCAGAGGGAAGGAAACUGUCCUGUCCCAAGCCCACUGUGACACGUGACCCUUAACUAGUAUACCUGUGGGGAGGGCUUCAGUUGCCACCCUAGAGAAUGUGGGAGGGCUUCCCUUCCCCUGCCCCCAUUUGUAGACAUGGGAGUGUCUCCAUUGCUUUGUAUGCUGUUGCAUUUUCUCCUCCUCCUUUGUUUUCCCUAAGCUAAGCUCUAAGCUAAUUCUGUACAAAAUACUGAUUGUUUUUGUAAAUUGCUUGCCAUGAAUGCCUGAUAAUGUACAGUAAAAUAGGAUUCUGCAUACCAUUAAAUAUGUCAAAUAUUACAAACUUUAAGGUUCUUUUGAAAUUACAAUACUAAACUCAGUUCACUUUUGCUUAGCCUUCACAGUUGUUGAUCACAUAGCAUGGUCAUCCACUCACAGCUUAAAAAAAUACAGGGAGCAUCGGAGAGAAUGGGUAAAGUAAAAUUUUGAUGUUUUUAAAAUAGCACCUAAAUCUAUGAAAGUUGAUUUGGUUUCUUGUUUGUAUGGGAGGGAGAGGGUGGGUAGUACUGGGGGGAGGGGGCGGAUAUUGGGAAGAUAGCAUGCAACGUAUAAACUCAUGUCAGAUACUACCUAGGCUAAGGUUGUAAUGUUACUAAUAAAAUUUAAGUGUUAAUAUAAGUUUCAGAAAAGGCAGGGCCAUAGAAUGGCAGUGUUGGGAAUUACAGUGGGCUUAUUUUUUCCCUCCUGAUAUAUGGAAGGGAAUUUUGAGAAUAGCAGUAUUUGAGUAUAACUUAGAGAGGAGGCCUGUUUUUAAAGUGACCUGUCCAUAUUCCCUGAGUGGAACUGACUGCCUUAGGCUCUGAUACAUUGGUGACAGACCUGAAGAUGAAUAAUAUGCAUCCUCAUUUUUAUUGUAUACUUGUGACUCAGGUGUUCUCAAAGAUUAUAUUUCAUGAAACUCAUGAAGGUGUUGAACAAAAGAGGGAGGAAGGAGAGUUGUUGCUUGGUAGAGAAUUUGGUAGAAGUAGGAAUUAAUAGAAAAGUUGAUGUUUCUAUUAAAAUGAAAAACACCUCACUUGCUAGAGUUCUAAAUCAGGUUUCUAAUUCUAAAAACUUGGCUGUGUAGUUAAGUACAAGGCCUAAUUAACUAUUGUAGAGGUUAUAGGACAGAGAGAUCUCCAUGUUUUUAUAGGUGGGAUAUUUUUUGUUGUUGACAGAAGUAACUUCGCUUGAUCUCUGUUCCAUUAUUUUAAUUUUUUUUUUUUUACUUUAUACACUAAAAAUUUGGAUUAAAAAAUGAAAAAUGUAAGAAAUCAAAUGUUACUCAAAAAGUGUUGUUCUGAUCCCAACUCAGCAAUUCUACAUGAAGCCAUUUGCCAAAGCCAGAUAUGGUUUACUUACUGUUCCCCCAAACCUUCUUGCUCUUAUAAGCUUUGUCAAAGCUGUUACUCCAGGUUGUAGUGCUUUUUUUUCUACUUUACUUUGAUCUAAGUCCUGUCUUUCCUUCAAAUUUUGGCUACUUAUUGCAUGAAGCUUUUUCCAAUAUCUCCAUUCUUGGUGGUAAUUUUAGUCUAAGAAUUCCUGAAGUGCUACCUAAUUGAAACACACAUUUGAUACUUGGAUCAUGUUAUCUUGUAUUAUAACUUAUUACUCCAUUAAUAUAUCCUCGGCUGGGUGCAGUGGCUCCUGCCUAUAAUCCCAGCAUGUUGGGAGGCCGAGGCAGGAGGGUCAUUUGAGGCCAGGAGUUGGAGAUAAGCCUUGGCAACAUAGUGAGACCCUGUCUCUACAAAAAAAUUUAAAAAAUUUAAAAAAUUAAUAUGUCCUAUUUCUUCAGCAAAAUCAUGGGCUCCUUGAGGGGAGAGAGCUUGUCUUAUAUGCCCCUUUGUAAUUCCAUUGCCUAGCACAGCAGAUGUGGUCACUAAUAGGUUUGAUUCUGUGAUUUGGAUCCAAUGUCAUUGUGACAGGAUACUUUUUUCCCCCAUAAUUUAGGUUAUUUUUAUAUGACUUUAUGCCCACAAAACCCAAAGAUAAAACGCAUUAAAUUGAAAAUAAUUUCUUGUAGUAUAAGGUGAUUUGGUUCCUAUUUGCAGUUCUUUCUUCUUCUUUUUAUAAAAUAGGCGCUGUUUUACCUAGUUUCUUAUGAAAAACAUGGUUUGGGCCAGAUAUCUUGACAGAAACCAAAUUACCAGCAUUUUUCUUUUAAAAAUCGUUGGUUUAGCUGAAUUGUACUUCUAUGGAAUAAGCCCAAAUAAAUUUGUUAAGUACUGCAUGGUUAUGCAGCCAGGUUGUUUUAAAAUGUCAACCUUAAAGUCCCCAAGGCAGAACUUUAAAAAUAUCGAUAAACGGUCAGUUGCUAUUCUCUCUUAGGGUAUUUCUGUAUCUCAAAUUAUUAAGCGUUUUAUUAUUUCAUUGUUUUAAAGAUUUCUAUAAUGGCUGCUAUUUGAUAGCUGUAUUUGUUGUGUUUGCUACAGUUAUCAAAUAUUUAUGGAGCACCCAUUCAUUUGCGGUGAGAAGUUAUUUUAAAAUGUUUUUUGGCAUUUAUAGAAACAGAUUCUGAUUUUAAAAGCUCACCAGGGAAGAUAUGUACAACUAUUAUGUAUCCAUAAAAAUUUUAAAAAACACAAAAAAGCUCACCAGGGAUACUUCCUGGUUUGCUAUAUUCCUAUUAGGAAUUGUUCAUAUUUUAACUGAUAGCCGUGUCUUCAGGGCACAAUUAACUUAAUAUUUGAAUGUAAGUUGUUAAGCACAAAUCAGUUACUCUACUUAGUGAGAUGUUUGAUUAGUAAAACUUCAUGAAUACUCAUUUUAUUCUAAGGCCUGAGCCAUUAGUUUAACAAAGCACUGAAAUGAUUCUGCUGUUGCCGUUACCAAAACAUUUAGAUACUUUUAGCAGGAAGACUAUUAGAUACAUAAGGGCUUUUUGUUUUGUUUUGUUUUGUUUUUUGUUUCAACUUUAAAAUUUUAUCAUUUUAAAAUUGCUUAAUAUAAUUAGGGUACAGAUUUAAAAUGAAAUUUUUUUCUUAAAUGGUAGGAAGCAAAAAGCCUCUAAUUAAAUAGCAUUGACAUUCUGAUAUGAGCUUAUCAUAGCACCAUUCUAACAUGAGCUUGAGGUCCUCACCAAAGUCUUGAUGAAACAUACUUUUUAAAGAAAUAAUUUUUUAAAACCCCACUUGGCUCAAAGACAUUGUCUAGAGCUCCAGCUUUGGACUUUUACCUGUAGUCAGUCAUACAAUUAUCUGGGGUUAUACUUGUUAAGUCAGUAUUUAAAAAAAUGAAACACCCUGAUUUUGUUCACUUUUGUUUUUAUAUAAAAGAAUCUUUACAGUCAACAUGUACUUCUAGAUGCUGUAUUGAAAUUGCUGGCAGAGUUUAUUCUAUACAAAAUGAACAAUCUGGCCCCUUGUUUUAUUUGUAAAGGUUCAAUGUAUCUAUGCCUGCCUACCUCAAUCUGCAAGGGAGUGUCAGAAAGGCCCCGCAUUCGCCAAGCCGAGAUACUACUCGUCAACGAAUCAAAUUCAGUGAUGACAGAGUAUGCAAGAGUCACCUUCUCAACUGUUGUCCUCAUGAUGUCCUUUCUGGAACUAGAAUGGAUCUUGGAGAAUGUCUGAAAGUCCAUGACCUGGCUUUAAGAGCGGAUUAUGAAAUUGCAUCCAAAGAACAAGAUUUUUUCUUUGAACUUGAUGCCAUGGAUCAUUUGCAGUCAUUCAUUGCAGAUUGUGAUCGUAGAACAGAAGUGGCCAAGAAAAGAUUAGCGGAAACUCAAGAAGAGAUUAGUGCUGAAGUAGCAGCAAAGGCAGAACGUGUUCAUGAGUUAAAUGAAGAAAUAGGUAAAUUGUUAGCCAAGGUGGAACAACUAGGAGCUGAAGGGAAUGUGGAGGAAUCCCAGAAAGUAAUGGAUGAAGUAGAGAAAGCACGGGCAAAGAAAAGAGAAGCAGAGGAAGUUUAUCGGAAUUCUAUGCCAGCUUCCAGUUUUCAGCAGCAGAAACUUCGAGUCUGUGAAGUCUGCUCUGCCUAUUUAGGACUUCAUGAUAAUGACAGACGACUGGCCGAUCAUUUUGGGGGUAAACUGCACCUGGGAUUUAUUGAAAUAAGAGAGAAGCUUGAAGAAUUAAAGAGAGUCGUAGCUGAGAAGCAGGAGAAAAGAAACCAGGAACGGCUGAAACGAAGAGAAGAAAGAGAGAGAGAAGAAAGGGAGAAGCUGAGGAGAUCCAGGUCCAGAGAGCAUCGCAGACAUCGAUCUCGCUCCAUGUCACGUGAACGCAAGAGGAGAACUCGAUCCAAAUCUCGGGAGAAACGCCAUCGCCACAGGUCCCGCUCUAGCAGCCGUAGCCGCAGCCGUAGCCACCAGAGAAGUCGGCACAGUUCUAGAGAUAGGAGCAGAGAACGAUCCAAGAGGAGAUCCUCAAAAGAAAGAUUCAGAGACCAAGACUUAGCAUCAUGUGACAGAGACAGGAGUUCAAGAGACAGAUCACCUCGUGACAGAGAUCGGAAAGAUAAGAAGCGGUCCUAUGAGAGUGCUAAUGGCAGAUCAGAAGACAGGAGGAGCUCUGAAGAGCGCGAAGCAGGGGAGAUCUAACUAGCUGUGUACAUUUCUUCAAUCCUUAAGCUUCCUACGGAGUUACGUACUAUUGUUUAGUUCACAGCUGUUCAGGGUGACAGUGAGCAGAUCCAGACACCAGAUCCAGCUAGGCUAGAUGUACAGUAUCUAACUUGAUCUGAACUGAACCUGUUUUCCUUGAUGAUGCCUAAAACUACAUCCAUAGUUUCUGGUGAACCUGUAAUACAGUUCUGAAAGUACAGUUUUAUAUAAUAAGAUGCUGAUCUCUAUUCUUUCAAGUAAGAGUGCUAGUGAACAAAUUGUGUUACUUGCCUUGGGAUUUUUUGAACGUUUGUAAAAUGCUGUCUUCCUAGUCCAAACAGCUGCAGCUUUGGGCAUUUUUCUUUUUAAUUAUUCUUCCUCUGACUUUGUAUCCCUUAAUACCUACACUCUCCAAUUGUAAGAGAAAGGGGACAGGGGAACAAUAUAGCUUCCAUUCUAAGGCUGUAUUCCCGUUAUGAAUUACUAGCUGAUUACAGUUCAGAGCAUUGAUCCUGGAAUGUGUGCUGGAGAAAUUUAAAAUACUGGGGUUUUUUGUUUAAUGGUGCCUAUUUAGAGUUGGAAGUUGAACAGCUGUUGCAUUACAUACUUUUGCUUUUUUAUUGAAAUUUUGAAAUCAAACUUGUCUUGAUUUUUCUGUUCUGUUGAAUUGCUAUGUUCAGGAUGUUCUAGGGGGUGGGGGCAGGGACUCUUUUCCUAAUAAGCACUUGUUUUAUUUUGUGUGUGUGGAGUAUAAAGGCUACACCCGUAUUGUAAAAAAAUAAUAAAAUGAAAGAAACAAUCACCACCACCAUUAUUAAACUGUAACUUGUCUAGUAAAUUGUCACUAGAACUAUUUGCUGUGGGCAUUUCCUCUAUUCUGUUACGUCAUUAACAGUGCCUUACUGUGCAAGGCACCAAAGGACAUAAAUAUGUACUUGCAAAGAUUCCAGAUGAGCUGUUCAUGUGGGCCCCUUGCUGACUAUAUUCCAGCCACUUCAGGGUUUGUAAUGACCGUUACAGAGAAGGGCUCAACCUACAGAAGAAACUGGGGUGUUUUUAUUCUCAUUCGACAAACCCAAAUAAAAACAGUAUAUGUAACCAA